AUGUCCUUUCACAACCCCCUAAAAGAUCAGGCCAUUGACCAGCCACGACCAAUCAAAGUCAUAUGUAUCGGCGCUGGCUUCUCGGGAAUUUUGACAGCAAUUAGGUUCCCGCAACGAAUUUCUAACCUCGAGUUAACCAUUUACGAAAAGAACGACGAUAUCGGGGGGACCUGGUAUGAGAACACGUGCGUAUCCCAUGUUCCAUCCCAUGUCUAUCAGUACUCGUUUGCUGGCAACCCCAACUGGUCAAAGUUCUAUGCUGGUGGUGCAGAGAUUCAACAGUAUCUGAAAGAUGUUGCCUGGCGUUACAAUGUUGAGAAGUAUGUUCGUCUGCAGCACCACUUCGAGAAGGCCGAUUGGGAUGAAACCACACAGAAGUGGACUGUCACGGUCAAGGAUCUCAGGAACAACACUACCUUGACAGACACCGCAGAUAUCCUUAUUAAAGGAACUGGCAUCCUCAACAAGUGGAAGUGGCCCGAGAUCAAGGGCUUGCAAUCCUUCAAAGGGUCCCUCAUGCACACAGCAGGCUGGGACCCUAAGUUUGACUGGGCUGAUAAGAGAGUGGCCCUGAUUGGUGCUGGAUCGAGCGGAAUCCAAGUGCUGCCUCACAUUCAGUCCAAGGCGAAGCACAUCUUCCACUACAUGCGAGGCAAGACCUGGAUCAGCCCUGUUGGAUACGCGGCGGAAGUCGGCGGAGGCGCCAACAGAGAUUACACCGCCGCGGAACGAAUGGAUUUUGCCAACAACCCACAGACAUACAUGGAGUAUCGCCACAUGGUCGAGGGUGUCAUGAACAAGGGCCAACUAUCUACAUUUCUCGGCUCUGAUGUCCAAAAACAGUUCUGGGAAGAAUCGGACGCCUUUAUGCGACGAAAGCUGGAGAAGAAGCCCGAGAUCUACAAGUCUCUCAUCCCCAAUUUCCCUCCAGGCUGCCGCAGACUGACUCCAGGCCCCGGAUAUCUGGAGGCUUUGGUUGAAGACAACGUCGCCUUCAUAGGAGCUGGUAUCAAGGAAGUGACCGAGAAUGGCCUUUUCGAUACCAACGGUGGAUUCCACGAGGUCGACGUCAUCAUCUGCGCGACUGGGUUUGAUUAUUCCUGGAGCACCGAAGAUACGCCCAUCACAGGCCGUAGCGGAAUCACCCUCGGAAAGAUGUGGGAUCCAUGCCCUGAAGCAUACAUGGGAGUGACUGUGCCCAACAUCCCCAACUUCUUCAUGUAUCUUGGGCCAGCCGGCGCACCCGGCUCUGGAAGCUUCAUCACCAUGCUUGAGUUUGUGGUUGAAUACAUCAUCAAGUGUGUCAAGAAGCUGCAGAGAGAGUAUAUAUCGUCACUUGAGCCUACUAGUAUGGAUGCCCAUGUCGACUUUUGCAAACAGGCCGACAAACUUUUUGAGCAGUGCAAGUCUUGGUUCAAGAGAAACAGCGAAACCGGGCGAAUUGUUGGCAUCUGGCCAGGAUCGUCGGUCCACGCUCAACAGGCCAUGGAGAACCCACGCUUUGAGGACUUCCGUUAUGUCUGA